AUGGUGAAGUCCCAGAUGGACAACUUAGCUAUUCUACCGGCCCCCAUGACCUAUACCCAAACACCAUCUUCGUUCUCCAGGUCUGGUUCCGCAUGUGGAGAUGGCAAUCUUGAUAAAUUCACCGAAAAGCCCCAGUAUAGAACCCCGGUGCAUGUUCCCGAACCGCCCGCCAACUUCAAGAAGGACGCCCAACUACCAAUCGUGGAUGUCAAGCCACAAGUGAUAGGGCAGGCGGGUCGCUCGUUGAUUCACGAUCAGAUGUUUUACGACAGCGCCGCUCCAGUACCCAUGCAGCGUCCUCAAUUAACCAUAGAUUUUGACCGUGACUUCGUGCUCAAUGAUCUAAAGGAGUUAAGAGGACAAAGUUGUAUCAUUGACUGGCCAACAAUCGCCUCUCAACUAGAUGUCAGUCACAAAAAGACAGCCAUUGCCCGCUAUAGACAUGUUCUUCAGCGCUACCGUAAGGAAAAGGACAAUCAUUUUCAGGACAAGUGA